AUGGAUUUUGAUGGUGAAUGGUUCAUCGAGACAGCAGCAGCAUGCUCAUCAUCACUUAUUUUGGACGAGGAGGAGGAGACAGCCGCCGCUGCCUUGGAUCACAAGUCUCUAGAUUUCAGUCUCUAUGACCUUGCAACGGCGACGACGUCUCUUCUUCCGUUUUCAGGGGAUUCAGGCUCCACCAGAGCCAUCUCUGAGACGGGGAGUAGCGGGUCGUGCUCCGGGCCCAGCCUGCCAGACACAGAGGCGGGGAUCAAACCGUCGAAGCCGCGGAGACGAAAAGCGCGCAUGAACGAGGUCGAUGAAGAAACGCAAUCGCGUCGUCGAGCACAGAACAGGGAGUCUCAGCAAGCGUACCGGCAUCGAAGGGAGGACUAUAUCCAGCGGCUCCAGAGUCAAAUCGUAGCCCUGCACCUGCGUCAUCGGGACCUGUGCCAGUCGUAUUACUCACAGGACCGGAGAUUGAGCCUCCUCAGGGAAGUGGCUGCCGAUCUUACCACGGAAGUUAGUAUGCUGCGAAGACGACAAUCACAAUCACAGAAUCAGCAGCACCAACUAGAAUUCGAGAAAGGAGUCGAGCUAGGGAGUAGCUGCGAUUGUACUACUGCUACUCCUAUCUCAAAUGACUCGAUCUACUCAGCCUGUGCCUCAACUCAUAUCGAGCGUGAUGGUGCCGUCUUCCCACCACCACCUCCACCACUCUUGGGCAGGGGUUUGCAGGAAUGGCUGCCGGGAUCGGCACCAACGUAUCCGGCCGCCAACCACGCUUCAGUAAACAUGGCUCUGUCGUAG